GCCGCGUUACGCGAAGCUCCUACGAGUCCACGCGUAGGAAAAACGCCGCCUCUACGGGACGAGAUUUGGAAAUCUCGUGAACGUGAAGGACGACGUCUCACCGAUGGCAUCGGCUCUCCGACCUUACGCACCCGUCGAGGUCGGCAGCGCCAACGUGUUUCACUCGUGUCAGAAACGGUUCUACCGGUCCGCGCCGUGCAGCACCCGGUAAUUCCGGGCCAGGAUCGAACUAAUUUCAGUCAUUUUUAAAAUACAAUAAGGAAAGAACAAUCAUCCAGAAGCUGUUCAGAGGACAAUUUUUAUAGAAAAAUGGAUUCUGGAGUAGGACAAGGCAAGAAGCAGAUUCGUGUAGGAUUUUAUGACAUUGAAGGCACCAUUGGUAAAGGGAACUUUGCUGUGGUAAAAUUAGCUAGACAUCGCAUUACUAAGACAGAGGUAGCCAUUAAAAUAAUUGACAAAACACAAUUGGAUCCUACCAAUCUUGAAAAAGUUUAUAGAGAAGUAGAAAUAAUGAAGCAAUUGGAACAUCCGCAUAUUGUCAAAUUGUAUCAAGUUAUGGAAACAAAGAAUAUGAUAUAUAUGGUGUGUGAAUAUGCAAGCAAGGGCGAAAUAUUUGACUAUAUUGCACGGUACGGACGAAUGGGAGAACCCCGAGCUCGUGCAACAUUUGCUCAAAUACUCUCCGCGGUUGAAUACUGCCACGCGACCGGUGUAGCGCAUCGUGAUCUCAAAGCUGAAAACUUACUCUUAGAUGCUCAGAUGAACGUAAAGAUCGCUGAUUUUGGAUUUAGUAAUAGAUUCACGCCUGGUGAGAGGCUAAGCACAUGGUGCGGUAGUCCCCCUUAUGCGGCACCAGAGGUUUUUCGGGGAAAACAUUAUGCUGGUCCUGAAAUCGAUGUGUGGAGUUUAGGUGUUGUAUUAUAUGUAUUAGUAUGUGGAGCACUGCCCUUUGAUGGAUCUACCCUUCAAUCCUUAAGAGAUCGUGUUCUGAGUGGAAGGUUUAGAAUUCCAUACUUUAUGAGUACAGACUGCGAAAGUUUAAUUCGUAAAAUGUUGGUCUUGGAACCUUCGAAACGAUACACCAUCCCACAGAUAAAGAGACAUCGCUGGAUGGCGGGAUCUGCCGACACUGUUUGUUCGAUGAUCAUAACAAGACCAUCUUCGUCUAUACAAGAACCAAAUGAACAAAUACUUCGACUUAUGCAUAGCUUAGGCAUAGAUAUUACACGGACCAGAGAGUCUUUAAAGGAUAGCAGCUAUGAUCAUCAUGCUGCUAUUUACUUCUUGCUGCUGGAGAGGCUGAAGCAACAUCGUAUCAGUAGUUCAGCGAACAAUAGUUGCUGGCCUAGUGUAGCAAGAACAAAAGAAGACAAAUUCAAAUCGAGAACAAGGGAAGAUGCGACUCGAGGAGGGAAACGGUUUAGUUCGACUAGUUCUUCAACCGACGAAGGAUGCUGCAGCGCAGAAGGUGACCUGGAAGAAGGUCCAAGCGGCGAUGAAUUGAGAGAAGCUCAGAUUAAACUUGAAGAACAUAGACUAGGCCUAGAUCACGAUAUCAGUCAACGAAUUGACAGUCAGAUAGUCAAUCGAAGAUUAAGUGAUUAUCAACAACAUUUUGAUACCCCACUUAUGGAUCCUAUUGAUCCUCCUAGUCGGACAACAUUGUUCAUUGCGGGCGGUAGCGGUAGCUCGUCAUCCGAACUUUUUGAAUCCAGUUUUGAUUCUGGUUGCCCGCCAGAUUACUCGGGGGCGAAUUCGUUCACAAGCAGCCUACCAUCCUGCACACCUCCACCACCUUUAAGUCCAUCGCCAAUAACUGGUAGAAUGUCUAGAGUAUCUCAAGGACGCAGAGCCUCCGAUGGUGGACCCAGACUGCUGUUCUGUCAGCAAGGCGGUGGAGACAGACCAACCAAGCAACGAAGUAUUCAAGAUUCGGGCAAGGCAAGGGGUCAUUUAGAUCUUGUACAUUUAAGACCGCCGUCUACACCACCUGAGAAUCAACCACAAUUUAAACUUCGUGGUGACUCAAGCACACAGUUGCAAUUGUUAGUGCAACAACGAAUGUUACAACAGAAACGAAAUCUCUAUCAUAGACACAGAGGUGGAGGAAGCCCUACUCCGAUAUCGGUGUCGACGAGUACGGCGAGCAGACGUGCUGAUCACGUACCAAGACAAGAUAGUUAUAAACUAGCUCAGAGAACGCAAAUUUUACCACCUUUAUCUCAGGGACACGUUGACAGAGACUUUGAUAGAGAAAGAAAACGAGACGAAGAAAGAUGGAAAAGCCUACCAUCGCGACUGGCAGCAGACUGUCAGUUGGCAGAAAGGACAUUGCUGUGGAGUCAACAGGUAAUUCUAUAAAUAGAAAUUUAAAAAAAACACCGUUUGGAUUGA